CGACUCGCGAUUGCGACUGCGAUUGCGCAACUUUUUAGCCACCACCAAACUCGCCCAGUCGACAUGGCGCAAUCAGACGAGGAAGAUGAUUAUAUGAACAUGGUGUUUGAGGAUGCGCCAAAGGGUCCAAAGCACGAAACCUCACUCCAGCGCGCCGCGCGCAAGCGCAAAGAGGGCGAGGCUAGAGCGCGACAAAAGACCAAAGCAGAACGUGAAGCAGACGAAGAAGCAGCCCGAGAAGCAUCGCUAGCUACUGCCCUGCCCGAGUCUAAUAAAGGAUUCAAGAUGAUGGCCAAGUUUGGAUUCAAGCAGGGCGAUACCCUAGGCCAGUCGAACGAUGCACGCAAAGAGCCCAUCCGAGUUAACGUGAAGGACGACAGAGGAGGCAUCGGCCUGGAGUCUGAAAAGAAGCGCAAGUUUAGGGAGCAGUGGGAAGAGGCGGAACGACUAGCGAAGCGCUCCAAGGAGGAAGAAGGUGACUACCUUGAGAUACGACGACAAGAGCAGAAGGAGAAGAAGGCAGAGCGAGACCUGGAUUCUGCACAGAGAACAGCCGAACGACUGUCUGAGAAGGAAGCGGAAGAGAAGGACAGCCUGGAGUCUGGCGAAAAGCCAUUGAAGAAUAUCAACGUGCUGUGGCGUAGUCGAGCACGAAGGAGAGUCGAGAUCAAGCGCGACAAGCAACAGCGUCGCGAGCUGAAUGACAGCAUUGCAUCGCGGCUGCCCACCUUGGCCGAUGCAGAUGAUGGUGACGACGACUCCAAGGUAGCGCAAGGCCGUGAUCUGGCACCAUUCUAUACCACCCUUGAGAACGACCUUGAUGAUGAAGAUCCAGAAUUGGCAGAGUUUGAAGCGCUUCCAGUCGCGGAGCGACUUUUGAAGCUGCUCACUUUCCUACGAGAUGCGCAUCAAUACUGCUUGUAUUGCGGGUAUCAGUACCCUGACGCCGAGAUGGAAGGUUGCCCAGGGUUGACCGAAGAGGAUCACGAUUGAGGAUCAUCACUGUGAUAUUCCACUUACCUUAACUGAGGUUGCAAAUUGUUACCAAUCUACCCUGAGACAUGAUCGUUUUCGAACGCCAGCAGUUGCCAGAGGUAUAUCUCCAAUAUCCCACGCGUCUGCUACAAAGAGUUGAAUGGGGCGUGACUGGUCAUGCUGCAAAAGUAUGCCUGCCUACUCUCAUAUAGCUUUGUAACUGCUGAACUCGCGGCAUUCAGGCUCUAUAACUACAUAUGUAGGACUUUGAGCGUGCGGAAUAUCGCAGUAGAAGAAGUCAGGCGUGGAGGAGAAGGCGUAGUUGUCCUGUCCAGGUCAAUUCUUAGAUAAGGCUGGGCAAUGAAUAACCAAAUGCUAUAUCACUAGUACCCUGAACAAGAGAACAAUAAUCCAUUUCCC